CCGAAGCAGAACUGCUCCUCUCACACCUUCUUUUUCUUACCUCCAUCUAGUUUUCUUAGUAAAACUUUGCAAGAAAAAUCUUGCUGGUUUGGAAAGACAAUUUGAGGCUGAAAGAUGCCAGAGACGAAGGAACGAGAGAAACUAGCCGAAGUCAUCAGACAGUGGAACAGCAACAGACUGGACUUGUUUGAAAUCAGCCAACCUGAUGAGAACCUGGUGUUUCAUGGCGUGAUUCGCUUCUACUUUGAGGAUCACACAGAGGGAAGUGUGGCCACAAAGUGCCUGCGAGUUUGUAGCAGCUCGUCAACUCGGGAGGUCAUUGAAACUCUUUCAGAGAAGUUCAGGCCUGAUAUAGAAAAGCAGUCAACAGAUUAUUCAUUAUAUGAGAUCCACAAAUAUAAAGAACGAAAGCUGGAUCUGGAUGAGAGACCUCUGGUCAUACAAUUGAACUGGACCUCAAACAACCGAGAAGGACAAUUUGUUCUCAGAAAAAAACAGGAGAGUUUGAAGGAAAGUUGUCACGAAAAAGAAAAAGGAGGGGUCCUUCAAAGCUUUAAGAAGACGUUGUCAAGAAAAGGGAAAAAGAAAGAGAGAGGCCCAGCCAAAGAUGAUGACAAGGCAUCAGAGGAUAGAUCAGCUGAAGAUCUACUGAACAACAACAUCUGUUUGUCCAGCCUUGAGUCUCUAAAAUAUUGCAAAGAAAUAAAAACAAAUCAGAUGCUAGAAGGUUUUUCAGAUCAGUCUGGAUUACCAGUUAGAAUUACGUUCUGUAAUGAUGCCGAGGAGCCCUUCCUCUCUGCAGUCAUAAAUUACACCAACAGCUCCACAGUUCAUUUCAAGCUGUCACCUGCAUACAUCCUCUAUGCUGUGAGCCGGUCUGCCCUGCAGCGCCAGCACCGCAGAGGCUCUCCAUCUUCUGCAAAUACACACGCUGUAACGUCAAUCACAACCAAAAUGGCCGCCAUGAUGGGAAAGGUCAUCCAGAGGCAGCAGGCCAUCACUGGGGCUCUUGCCUUCUGGAUGGCCAAUUCCUCUGAGCUGCUGAACUUUCUGAAGCAUGACAAAGACCUCACCCAGGUCACGCAGCAGAGUCAGCUGGGUCUGUCCCAUCAGGUGCACAACGCCUACAGCUUCCUGCUACAUUGCCUACAGAGUGAGUUGAGAAAACAUUUACCAACCUUCCUCAUUGAUCCUAAGCAACACGGUGCUCUCCCAGCUGGUAUAGAGAUGGUGUUGGACACCUUGAUGAACGUCAUGUCUCUUCUACGCCGGUGUCGGGUUAACCCGGCCCUUACGAUCCAGCUCUUCUCCCAGCUCUUCCACUUCAUCAGUGCCAGGCUUUUUAAUCAGCUCAUGGUGCCAGAAACCAAUCCUCCAGGGCUGCGCUCUCACUACUGGGGGUCUGCACUGCGUCAGAGGCUAACUCCCAUCGAGGCCUGGGCAGAGAGGCAGGGCUUGGAGCUGGCUGCUGACUGCCACCUGGGACACAUAGUACAGGCGACCACACUCCUGACAAUGAAGAAGUACUCACUGCAGGACGCAAAGGACAUCCAGAGUUCCUGUUUCAAGUUGAACUCCCUGCAACUGCGGAUGUUGAUGGCUGGGUACUUCUAUGGAACCAGUGAGCCUCAGAUUCCCCCUGACUUGAUGGAUGCCGUAGUGAAGGCUGCCGAGGCCUCUGCUGAUAACCUGAUUCACAGUGAAGGAUGUGAGCUCCGGCUGGAGGAGAGCCUUGAUCUGCUCCUGCCAUUCCUGCUGCCAGAGGGAGGAUACUCCUGUGACACAGUGAGAGGAAUCCCUCAGGGGUUGAGAGAGUUUUUGGAGCCAAUUUGUCAGAAAGGUCUCUGCUGUUUGACCUCUGUGCCUCAUUCCCAAGGAGCCUGGACGGCGUACUUUAGUGAAAGUACACAUAAUGAUGGGGAUUUAUACUUGGCAGUACACAGACAGCCUGAGAUUGAGAACAUCACUUUGCACAAACCGCUGAACAGUGGGAUGGGAGUCAGCAUUGUAGCAGCCAAGGGAGCAGGCCAGAGUAACCUCGGGAUCUAUAUUAAAUCUGUUGUCAAGGGAGGACCAGCUGAAAUGAACGGGAGCUUAGCAGCUGGAGAUCAGCUUCUCAGUGUGGACGGUCACAGUCUGGUUGGACUCAGCCAGGACAGGGCAGCAGCGAUCAUGAUGAAAACCGGCCCUGUGGUGACCUUAAAGGUUGAAAAGUUUGCAGCGAGCUACCAUGGUCUCUUGGAACUACUUAAUGAACCACCCCCAGAAAACAAAACAAGCAAGAACUAUUUAAGUGGUGGAGAAAAUGCCAAGCUGAACAACGCAGUGUCCACGCUGUACUGCGUUGUGGAUCUCAGCCCCUCAGAGAGGCUCCAUGGAGGCAGCGAAACUAAGAAAGACCAGAGGAUACAGAAAAACCGACAACUUUUCUGCUCUAACCCCAACAUGACCGCUGGCUUUUGCCUGGAGGAUGGAGGUGAACUCGUUGACCCCGACGUGAGAGGAAACAACCUUUUGUCCAUUUCCAGCGUUAACCUUUGCGCUGAUAGACUUCACAGAGAAUACCUGACGCUACCGAACCCUAAAUCUCUGAAAAGGUCUGUUUUCGAGCUGGGCCGACCAACACAACCAUUCAUAAUGGCUGUGACUCCUUCAAAUGAGCCGAGCUCCAGUAGAAGAGUCUUCGUGCGCCAAGCCAUGUCUCAGGAGAACUUGUGCAUGGACACCAGAGGCCCUCUGCUGGACCAAAGGCAGAACACAUGUGCACACAGGAACCAGAAUUCUAAACAAUCGUCAAGCUACUGCUUAUCUUUCCCUAUUCGCUCCAGUGUUUCUACACAUGACAUCCUCUCUGAUCACAGCGGCCCCACAAAACCACUGCGAGGAAGCUGUCCGAGUCCUGCCGGUGUAUGGAGGACCCCUUUUUCACAGCAGUCCACACCUAUACCUUCAGCGCAGCCUAUACGCAUCGACAUCCCCAUCACCAGAGCAGGGAGCACACAGUCAAAUCCUCCACUCACCACCUUCCAGCAGAGCUCCUCUGUGGAUCAUAAAGUCAGUGAACAGAAAAAGAAUGCUCCAAGCCAAGUUAGUCAUAUAUCUGCAUGCCCAUUAUCGCCUAAGAAGCUGUUUCAGCCCUCAAUUCUUUGGCAGCAAAGAUCAACUGUAUGUGGAGAUAGAGUAGAAAAACCUCAAGUGAGCAUCACUCCAACAAAACACGUUUCCUUCCAAGUGACUCUGUCGAAGCAGACGAGAUCAUGUCUGACAAACCAAAAAAGAACCCAAGUGCUGUGUAAUCCCUGGAGGAGGGAAGCCCAGGAGAUGCUGGAGAAGCAGCAGAGGCUCCAGGCCGUGGAGCUCCUAGAGCAGGAGGUGCAGCAGCUUCAAGCCACGGACAAACGAAGCGCAGAGGAGAAUGAUAGACUGCGGAGGCUUGACCUGGAGUGGCGGUUUCAGAAGAGGCUGCAGGAGAUUCAGCAGAGAGGAGAUGAAGAAGAGGAGGAGGAAGAUCUGGACAUGAUGGUGAUCCUGCAGCAGUUGGGGGACAGAACAUCUAAAGACAAGGACAAAAUCAGCUAUGUUGGAAAUGCCAACAGGGAACAAAACGAGGAGGAAAAACAGGCAGGCAAUCGACUUUCCAACAAGCAAAAAGAAGCAAAAAAUGAUCAAAUAGAAAAUGGACUGAACAACAUAGCAUCAGAUGAGAAUUUGGUGGAGAACAUCAAGAGGGUGUCAGCUCCUGAAAAGCUCACAUUCAGGGAGCGUCAGCAUCUUUUUUCCCUGACAUCAAGUGCAUAAAUGAAGGUUCCUGGUUUUCCCAAAGAAGUCAAAUAAAAACAAAAAAACAUGAAGCGCCUUGCAAAAGUAUUCCUUGU